GGAGUUCAGCAAAGAGAAGAACAGCAGACUGCACAGUACAGGCAGUGCCUUAAUCUUUGAAAUUUACUCUCAGAAGACUAAACCAAAACCUCAGCACUAUGACUCUGGCAGCCUACAAAGAGAAGAUGAAAGAGCUCCCCCUAGUGUCUAUUUUCUGCUCCUGCUUAUUCUCUGACCCUAUGAAAAAGCAAUCUUACAAUUAUGAUGCAGAUACAGUGGACCUGACGUGGUGUGUUAUAUCAGACAUGGAAGUGAUAGAGUUAAACAAGCGAGCCUCAGGUCACGCCUUUGAGGUCAUCCUAAAGCCACCUUCAUUUGAUGGAGUCCCAGAAAUGAACGCGUCUCUCCCCCAGCGAAGAGACCCCUCACUUGAAGAAAUACAGAAAAAGCUUGAAGCGGCUGAAGAAAGGCGCAAGUAUCAGGAAGCUGAGCUAUUGAAGCACCUGGCUGAGAAGCGAGAACACGAGAGGGAAGUUAUACAGAAAGCCAUUGAAGAAAACAAUAACUUUAUAAAGAUGGCCAAGGAGAAACUUGCGCAGAGAAUGGUGGUUAACAAGGAGAAUAGAGAGGCCCACCUAGCGGCCAUGCUUGAACGUCUGCAGGAGAAGGACAAACAUGCCGAAGAGGUUAGAAAAAACAAAGAGCUGAAGGAAGAAGCGUCAAGGUAGAAGACUUUAGCUUUCACACUUUGGACUGAUGACUCCAUUGGGUGCCUGAGCUGUCCAGCACAAUGUUAAGAGACUGCAACUCUCUUUUGCUUUAUUUGUUUGUGAAUGUCAAGAGAUGACCUACAGAGCUGUCUUUUUUGAGAAGCAAAGGGUGGGUUGUUUGUUAAGGGAAGGGUUGGUCAUCUCAUCCUCAAGUUUUAAAGAAUCAUAUUCAUGAAUCCAACCCUUCGACCUGAUCACAAAUGUUAAACCAAGUAUGAUAAAUUCAUUACGAGUCAAUAAACCAGCUUGCUAUAAUGGGGAAUGCGCUGGUGGGUUUACAGUAGACGAAGCGCAGAUGAACCAAACAAUCUCUGUAACCUCUACAGAGAACGCUGUUUAAUGGGACUAAUUUUAUAUGUACCAUGAUAUCAUCAAUACAUGUGAUAUUAUAAGGUUA